AUGAUCUUCACGACACAUAUCAGGCUUGCCGUCGUGGGCAUAUACCUCCUCAUGUACGUUGUGAGUCCGGCCGGGGCCACAACCUUCGAGUUCCCGUCGUGUGUUGAAGGCUGCAUAGCGUCAUCCGGCUGCAAAACCAACAGCGCUAAAUGCAUGUGCCGGGAGGCAAGAGAACUCCUGCUGGACUCCGUCAUUUCCUGCAUGUACUUCAACUGCAAAGCGGACCUUCGAAAUUUCGAGGACAGCUUCCUGAAGCCCAUAGAGGAUGGUUGUGAGCGCAACGACCGCGAUAUUCCCAGCUCCAAGGUCAAGGCGGCCGAGAGCUUGGCGAGUAGCUACAUCUCGAAGCUGACUCCUCUCACGACUACGAAGAGCUCGACAACUGAGCGGGCGCCAACGCCUACGCUACCGACGUCCACGCCAAGCUCUUCGACAACCUCCGAACUUUCGUUGUCUUCUAAGACCACGGAACAAAACACGCCGGCGAGCACCUCGGUCACGGACAACGGUAGCGAGACUAGGUCGACAUCCGCAGCCGAAGAUACCACUGCCGCGCCGACAUUGGUUCUAGCGCCGUCAGCGGCCGCCCAGCCCUCUACUUCUCGGUCUCCGGCCUCUGACUCUGGGUCUGGCUUCGAUACCGACCCGUUUGGGAGCUCAUCCUCUGCUGGGCACGUGGUUCAGCCGUUAUUCUCUCUCUUGGGGCUACCCCUGGUUGUCGGUAUGCUGGCGCUGGCUUUGAGGUGA